ACAACAACAAGAAAUAACGGUCAAAAAACACUAAAAGAUGAAACACCAAAUUGCUUUUGUUGUUCUUUAUUCGAUUCAGUUGAUAGCUGUUCUGUUUGCAAACGUGGAAUCAGGUGAAUUUAAUAACCCGGAAUCGACUGUGAAACAAUGCACUUUUGAAAAUCUUGACGAUGGUCGGGACAGGGGUCAGAUUGCGACUUGUCUCUUUCGGAAAAUGUACUCUAAAACAGCUCUACGUGUGACCUACCAAGGUGAUCUCCGAGUGGUGACCUGUGCUAACGGCAGAUGCUGUCGUCGUUGGUAUAUAACAAUAAAUGGUAAAGAAUGCUCGGACCCAGCACCCAUUGAUGCGGUCGUUUAUGCCUCGAAAAAUGGAAACAACCAUCUGAACCUUCAUCGUCCCGCUACACUGGACGGCUUCUGUAACAACAUUCCGGACGGAAAAAUUACAGUUGGCCUUUCGGUUGGGAAAUGCAAAUUUUCGAGCUACGAUAUUGGCAACGCGUACACAUGUUGGGGUUCAGUUUGUCGUUUUAUUAUCGAGGAAAGACCUCCCUUGCAAUAAGUGGAACGAAAUGAAUCUCAUAUAUGUACAACACUCUUAUGUUAGAUAAAUGGUAAAAUCUACUUGUAAUGUAGUCAGGCAGAAUGUAACAUAAAUUCAAAAAAAGUUUCCAGAAAUAAAUACUUGAAGUUUG